GCAACGCCUCACUCUUGCCGAAUCGCCUACGAAACGGUGACCGACCGAUGAAAGGGUCAGCGGGCAGAAAAAUGUCGUGUGCGCUGCAUCUUGUUUCUGACAUCUUCAUGUCGCUCUGACAAACUCAACGACAACUGUUGCAGCCGUAUUCAGCGAUGCGCUACUUGAUGAUUUACCUAUAAUCCCAUCCAUCUGUAGUACCAUCAUCACCAAACCCCACCAACGAGCCUGCACGAAGCCCAGCGUCCUCGAACUUGAAACCUGCUAUUUCGGGAGCGAAUUCCUCAGUUUCGGCCUCAAAAAUGGCUUCAGUGAGCCCUCGAGGCUUGUCGCCACACCAGUCACCUUAUGCUGGCGAUUCAAACGGCGAGAGCGAUGAUUCCUGGCAAUAUGUUGACUGGUCGAGCGGCGCAUCAGCGACCGGAUCAGUGGGAUUCUUACCGAGCCCAGCAAGCGGCAGCCUGAACGGAUAUGCCAUUGUAGAAAACAUCAACACACCAUCACACUCACAUUCGUCGCUGUCACCAUUGCCAGCUCCAGAAUUUGAAACCAAUAACUUCAUUCCCCCAGUCACGACAGCCAUGGCACCUGAUACCUUCAACCUCAACACAUUUACACCUGGUGCCGAAUAUAUGCUACCAGGAAAUGAAAUGUUUAUGGCUCCCGCUCAGUACUUGCUCACGGGCAAUCAUAUGGAACCCCAGCAAUCGAAUCAGAACUCUGUACAAGACCCGUCGUCACUACUAAACUGGUCGCCGGUAGUCGACGACGCAGAUGGCUUACCAGGCAUGAACAGCUUUCAGCUGCAGAACUUCGUCGGCCAACAAUCAAUGGUAUCUAGCCCCCAGCUGAUCAACAAUCCUUCACAACACCAGCCGACGAUGGUUCAGUGGCACGCAAACCACAACGGAACGCUCUUUGAAUGCAACAAUAUCGAGAACUUCGCAAUGAACAGUAGCGAGCAUGGUAGCGGUAGCGUCAGCCCCAAAUCAUCAUCAUACAAGUCCGAAUCCGACAAGAUGUCUCCUACUCUUCCCCUGCGCAAGGUGCAAAGUGGCAAGAUCGAAAAGAAAAAGCACAGCCCUACGAUAGCUGAUAAGAAGGAUAACUUUUUGGUCGUGACUCCAAAUACCAUUACGCAACAAGCCGGGAAGGCCAAUCCCUUUGAGUGCUUUGAGGCUAUGCGGCCAACUCAAAAAGGACGCAAAGGACCGCUGGCACAUGCUAUCAAAGAGAGCGCCUUGCAGGUUCGACGGCUGGGGGCUUGCUUCUGUUGUCGAAGCAGAAAAGUCAAGUGUGACCAGGAGAGGCCGUGCCAGCAUUGCAAGCGGUUGAUGUCACACGUUCCUCAAGUGGUCUGUUGGCAGUUUCAAGAUUUUAUGACCAUCUUAUUUCCCGAGUUCAUGCGCAGCCAUUUGAAGAAGGAUGAGGUGACGAAGUUUCUAGGCGAAAACAUUGAAGGGUUUACCAUCAAUGGCGCUGCAUACCCAUGCAGUGUUCGACUCUUCUCUGGAUCUCGAUUCAAGAGCACUCUCGAUAUUGACGCCAACUUCUUUACAGCCAAGACCUGUGAUGUCCUACAGCAUUGGCAUCUACGGUUCGACCAGCAAGGCUCCAGUCUACAAUCCAACGGGUCCGCACCUAUCGGUCUAGACGGUGUAACAGGAGCUAAAAGGGAUGAUUUGAGGAAGAAAAUCAAAGCCUACGUUGAAAAUGUCACCAAAGAAGCAGAAUACGCCGAGCAAAUGACUGAAUCUUUGCGAACAACGGAGCUUCCGCGCAAAAUUCUGAAAAUAGUACAACGAUAUGCAAACAGAACGGAUUCUAUUAUGGUGAAGAAAGCACUGUCAAUUUACGCGAUGAAGUAUGUCAUGACUAGAGACUUGUGCCUCACUCAGGAUACAAUCACAAGCUUGCAAGGGUCUGGCCUUGUGCCCCAAAACAACCCCUGGGUUACACCACGAGUUCUUGCUCGUCAAGUAAAGGCCUUGAUUGACGAGCUUUGCAUGCGCGAGAUGCAGAAUAUCUUCGAGCUCUUUACAAAGGCUCUCAAGCCCAAGUAUAGGAAAGAUUGGGCUCCUAGUCUGGCAGCUUUCCUAGUACUUUGCUUAUACAUGGAGGCUGUCGAGACCAUGACAGACAAUUAUGUCCUUGCUCAGAACGACAUACAACGGCGCGACAACAAUACACCCAAGUUUCAGCGUUCGUUUGCACUGAAUGCCUGCAAGGAGGUUGAAAACAUGCCAUUUAAGCAGUUCGCCUACCAAUUCCACCAUAUUUACCAGACACAUUCAAAGGAUGCAUCUACAAAACCAUUUAACCCCAUCUUCGAUAAAACCUUUGCGGAGCAAGGCGAGCUUGAUCGCCCUGCUAUUGAGAUGGUGGACAGCCUCCGCGAGCUCUUCUACGGCGAUGAAUGGCAAGAUAUGCAGUAUCUCGUAGAAGACGAUCUGUUGUUGAACAGAGGCGAUAAACCUACGUGUCUGGAUACAUCCUAUAUUUACACAGGCAGACUCGUGUCCAAGUUCCUGUUCUCAUUUGUGGAUGAGAAUGCCAUCUUUGGAAGUAGCAUUUGAAACGUAUAGCGUUGUACAUUUUGUUGUAUAUAAGGCGAUGAAUAGAUUGUAUACAUGAUUCAUAGGUAAACAUGCAUAGAACAAAAGCCAUAUGAGUGCAGUUAUGUGCGUCCGAUUUUAGUCCUGAUACCACAUUAUUUAUCUAUGGCAGCAGGGUGGAGCGGACAGGUUGUCUAGACCUUUGAUUCAAUCUCCCACAAGAACGAUAUAUAAAAAGUUGACACGCAUGCGCAUUGGAAGCGCGCGGUGUAGGCAUAUUCGUGGGGUGUAGUACUUUCACUGCCGACAAUGGCAGAGUAGCAUUGGUUGGCGCAAGAUUCGAGAGAGCUCUGCGAAGAGAUGUCCUGUGCCCAGACGUACCUUUGCAAUCAAGCUCUGGAGUAUAAUGAAGCUAUGCGAUGAGGAGUCUAGUGCAUAACUCUCCAGAGCAAGAUUUUUACACCGCAACAUCCAUGGUGUGAAUUCGCGGAUCGCGUCGUUCGAUUUUCCCGCGUGCUU